GCCGCCGACGGGAUAGGACGCGUCUGGUGCAGCGCAUGGAGCGAGCGAGCGCGACGAUGGCGCGAUGAAGACUUGCGGGCGCGCGGCGAUUUGCUGGGCCUUCCUCUGCUUCGUCGGCGGCCUGGCUGCGCCGCGCCGCCUCUACUGCGAGCGCGCCGACGUUGCCUGGCGGGCGUACCGCGCCCCAGUCGCCUUCGAAGCCAGGGUCCAAUCCCUCGCCAAAGACGCCGCUACCAUACAGGUGAAGCGGGUCCUUCGCCACCAGGGACACUGGCCCCCAGAGGAAUCCACCCUCAGGCUCAAACUGCCCAAGGAUAAGUUAGAGUGCUCGGGACGUUUUGAAGUGCCGUUGAAAAAUAGACGUAACUAUAUCGUGUUCGCGGAGAGGCGCGGGCAGCAUACAGCCGUGGCUUUGGGACCGCCGUUGAGGAGGACUGGCAAAUUGAUGCGGAGGAUUCGUGCGGUCUACAAGCCUGGUUACAGCAGUUCAGCACGCGUGGAUAAAAUGCAGGAGUCUGUGCUUGUGAUGCUGGGCAGACGCGUGCGGCUCGAGUGCCGCGCCAGCGCGCGCCCGCCGCCGCGGAUAUCGUGGUACAAAGACGGCAAGCCAGUUGCCGACACCGCGCUCAGGAGAUUCCGGGUGCAAAAUUAUAGGAGACGCUCGGUACUAGUGAUAACACAUGCGCGGCUAGAAGAUUCAGCGCGAUAUGAGUGCAAAGCACAAGGCGCGGUUGGGCCACCGGCCGUGACGCACUGCAAUGUAAGCGUCACGCCGCCAGUUACGUCCACAUCUGAUCCAGCGUCAUUAGGCGAACCGUGCCCUAUGCCUGAUCCUUCAUCGUAUUGCCUCAAUGGAGGCACCUGCUUGUACUUCGAGCCAGUUCAAGAACAAGCUUGCAAAUGUCCCGAAGGUUUCAACGGACAACGCUGCGAGAAUAAGGACGUGUCGAAUAGGAGCAGUAUGUAUCAUUCCUACACAUGCAAACUGGGCCUUUCCACGUCGUACUACUGUUAGCCAGCGCAGCGCCGGCGCCUAACCCACCUUGUUCCAAUUAUAAAUUUAAAAUUUUAGUUCGCAGCGUUCCGACGGAACACGACUGUUGGACUGUGAAGAUAUUUUUUGUCGAUGAUAUGUUUUCUGCUCUCAAUCAAUGUUGGAUCAAAGGAAUUCCUACAAUAGUACCUACUUAAAAACAAUAAAAUAUUCUAAAAUACAUAUUAUUAUGUCACUCUAUCUUGACGUGUAUUAAAAUAUUUUUCACAUCCAGCGUAUAAUUUACAGCAAAUAUCAAUAAAGGAUUUAUUGAGAUUUGUUGCGAAUUACUUGGAGCUAAAAUGCCUAAAAUUGUUAUAGAAAAGGGCCAGCUGUUUCCAUGGCUAUUGUAUAUAGUUAAUGUCCACUUAAAACUCGUUCAUCUCGCUUGCAAGUGAAGAAGUCACAGAGUUUUCCACUAUUAAAAUUAUAAUUUAUAAUUGCAUUUAACUGUUUGCUUGUAUGUUUACUUCAUUUUUUUUAUAUUGUUAACUUUGUUAUUUCGCAUAGCUUUAAAUUAUUUUAAAUUGUUUUGUGUGAAUAGCUGGCCCAGUGAGAUUAUACUUUUAAGUAUUUUUAUGAGCGAACACAAAUUAUUUCGUCACAAUUAUUAAACUUUAGAUACUUAUGUGAACUGAGUUAACGUUUGGUGAUAGCCACAAUUUGUCCAUUAUAAUUAUUUUAAUAAUAGGCUUUGUCAAACCCUUAUUACACUUUAAUACUCUUUUUUAUUAACAAAUAGUUAAUUAACGUGAACACGAUAUAGAACGGCCUAUGUAGUUAUAUUUUUCUUUUUUGUCUUAAAGUUGUAAAUAUAUCACAUACAUUUUUGUAAUUUUGCGAUUUAUAAUUAACUCUAAGGUUUGUACUAGUAGUAUGUAAUGUUCUGAUGAAGAGACUUGAAGUUGUGUACAUAUCUAUUAGGGUAAGGGGUUUGUAUGGAUUUUUAUAAUAAAAUAACAGAUGACGUGCUUCACUUUGCUAUGCUGGAAAUAUUGUAACAAAAGAGCAAGAAAAAAUAGAACACAAACGUUUGAAAUUUCAAAACAUAUUAUGGACAUUAUUAAAACUGAAUAGUAAACAUAAUUCCAGUUUUCUUCAAUUUUUUAUACUUACAUGUACUUUUAAAACUAUAAUUUCCAUGAUUUCGUCAAUCCGAUAUGCUCCACCUAGUCAAAGAACAGUUUUAACUAUAGCUAGGUAUAAAUAAAUUAAUUUAUGUAUUAUUUUAUGAGUGUGGCUAAUUGAAUGGAUGGAAUAUCAGUCUUCUACUCGUUUCUCUUUACAAGUUAUCAAGAAAAUUAUUUUUUUUUAGUUCAUAUUGUAUGGGACCGAUUUCUAUUAAUAUCUAGAUUGCAGUUUCGUUAAAGUUUUAGUUUUUUUUAAUACCUCUGUAAAAAGUUCUUUUAAUUUUUUAAGUUCCAUAUUUAUAUGUAAUUAAAAGUAGAAAAGGGACUAUUUAUUUUAAUACGAUAAAAUAAAACUUGGGGUACAAUGACGUCAUAAACAUAGAAUAAUAAUAAAUGAAUAAAUAGACAG